UUGAAUCAAUUAAAAUUAGACGCUUAGGUUUUAUUUAUUAAACAUUUUAGUGAAAAAAUACCGUUUAUUUUCAACUUUCCUCAAGAAUUUCUUAUUGGCACUUUCGCAAGUAACGAAACGUCUAACCUCCAAUAAAAAAGUUAUCUUUGACAUUUCGCUCAUACGAUUCAUUGAUCUAAAAUCUGUAGAAGUAAUAAUGGCAAAGCAACAAGGGAAAAUAUAUUUAGGAUACGAAGAUGAAGCGAUUAGUGAUAAAAAUCAUACCUUAUCAAACUAUGCGGUGAACAAAAUCGGAGGAUUGCCUGACUGGCCACCUCUGGAAAAUCUACAGUUUCCUUCUAAAUGUCCAUUGUGUGGAUUACAUAGGUUACUUGUCGUACAAUGCUACGCGCCCCUUGAUAAUUCCGUGUAUCACCGAACUUUAUACGUCUUCGCUUGUAUAAAUCCAAAUUGUUGGAUUCAGUCUGAAAGUUGGUUAUGUGUUCGAAGCCAGUAUCAAGAUAAGUCUACAAAUGAGUCAAGUGGCAUUGUGGCUAUACCCAGUGCUGGUGCAAACCUGUCAUGGUGCUCUGGUGCUGAUGAAUGGGAUGAAAAUGAUAAUGACACUGCCAAUGGAAACUUAAUGAAUAUUGAUAAUGCUCCUAGCCCCAAUAAUGCUAUGCAGAGAAAUUCUGAUGAAGAUGAAGAGAGUAAUUCGUUUGAAUUGGAAACAGUUGAACAAGCUUUAGGGAAUCUCCAUGUGUUUGAUGCACACAAUGCCAAUAUGUCUCCAAUACAAGGUGCCGUUGGUGCUAUAGGAGCACCACCUGCAGCCGCAGAGCUGGAGGGGGGAGAUGAACCCGGAUUAGUGUCUGUUGACACUCCUACAGCACCAACCAAUGAUGUUGAAGCAUUGCUGCAUCAAACAGCGGAGUUGCCUCAUGAUUUACGAAGUCGCCUUAUGUGUGGACCAUUACAGUUUGUGCCAAAAUUUAUAUAUGUUGAAGAAGAAUGGAUAAGCUUGACUGGAAAUGAUGAUAGAGUCAAUUUAUUGCUCAAUAAAUAUAAGAGAGAGAAUGAAUUGGAUGUCGGUGGUGGUGACCGUGUUGGUGCUGCCGGAGCCGGAGGUGGCUCGGAUGAAGAACCAUAUGAGGAAGCAACUCCUUUACAUGGAGACAAGCUAUUCCAUGCCUUUAUAACUCGCCUGAAGGAAAAUCCCGGACAAAUACUGAGGUAUUCCCGGGAGCAGUCUCCAGUCCUCGGCGCCCCACUGCCGAGUACUGCGAGCACGCCGGAGUCUCCCAGUGUGCCGACAAUCUGUACUCGCUGUGGUUCUCGACUGCUCUGCGAAUUGCAACUAGUUCCAGAGUUCGCAGAAACAUUGCGCUUGUUGCCUAGCAACGCGCCUCUUGCACAUCUACACUUCCUUUCCGUCCUGAUCUUCACAUGCUCGCAGAGUUGCUGGCAAGCGUCCGAUACACUUGUCAAAGAAUUUGUUGUAUUCCAACCCGAAGUUGUUUAAAUUUACAUCUUACCUACUAGUUGUAAAGAUGAAUAAUUAUGCUUUGACAGAAAUAUGCGCUGAACGUAGACUCAAAUUGAGUUAUCCGAUUUACCAAUCAAUAGGUACAUUCACUCAAGAUAUUGUAAUUAUUGUCUGUGAGUGGUUACAUGACCGUCGAUCAAAUUGUUGACCGUCACCAUCAACGUAAUGAUCUAUCGUCUUUCAGUUCGUGAUUAUAUUGUUAAUACUUUUUAAAAUUUUAAUGUUUCAUAAACAUUAUUUUGACUUCCUAACUCUCUCUUUUCAAGAUCCUAAAGGAUUUUUAUAUUUAUUGACGUUUAAGAAAUUAAGUAUUUACUUUCAUAGUUGAUUAUUGACUCUAAAGACGCUUUAUUUAUUGAAUUUAAUAUAUGAGUGUUUAUGAAACAGUAAUUAAUUCUUCACUUCUCUCUCACGAUUCUAUUAAAUAGGAAAAUACAAAAUAUCUUCACUUUCAGAGAACACAGUACACGAACUAUAUCUGCAUUUACUUAUAAAUCAAUUGUACCGUUUUUGAAAAGUGGAUAAAUAAACAAUUUGUAAAUAUUUGAAUUACUAUAUAGAUCUAAUCAAACUUAAAAAUGUCCAUGAUUAACUGCCAGGUAGAAAGUAAGUUACUGAAUGAAUGUAAUAUAGGAAACUAUGCGCCUUGACCUUAAAAUAUAUUAAUUAGGUGAAUAUUUCCUUAAAAUACUGCAUGUUACGCUUUCUGCCGCACUCAAUAACGGUCUUAGACUGCAGAAAUAUAAAGCUUCGUAAAUAGGUACUACUUUCAAAAUCAUUCUGCUCUCAAAGUUCAGUGAAUCUUUAUGUUAGUAUCGUUUUUUUGGUAUCUCGCUUCGUAUUCAUUAAAUUCUCUUAGUGCGGCAGUUUAAGCUAAUAACAUAAGUCCUUGCCAAAUUCGUAUGUACUUGCUAUGAUAUUAAUAUUAUUCUAUGAUACAACUGUUUAGAAUACAAGCUUCUUAAAAUGAAUAAAGAUUGAAGAAAAUAAUUAUAUUCAAAGGGGUGAACUUUUCUUAAUUUUGCAGUACUUUCGAUAGUGAUUAAUCAUUGUGUCUUAAAUGUUAUAUAUCUAACAUGUAGCAACUCUUAUAUUUAUUUUAUGUACCUAUAAAUUUAGAUCGUAAGUAAUAAAGUAGUGUCGUCAAAUAAUUAUUUGUUAAUUAAUCAGUGUUCAUAAGUGUGUUGAAAGGAAUAAGAAACUUACAGGAAAGUGGCGUAGAAUGGUAAGGGGUUUAUGAAUGCUCAAUCUAAUUAUACAUUUUAUGUCUAUUUUCAACUGUUAACUUGUCCCAUCUCAGUAAUUAGUAAAACUGUGAUGUCUUAGAUACUAAUUAGGUAUCAUUAAAUUUAUUAUCCGGUCCAUGAAUAUUAAAAUUGUGAAAUCUGUCAAUCGCUGUGGUCUUAACUGUGGAACUUUUAAAAUAUAUAUAUGUUAGUUACCCAUA